AUGAGUGUCAGCUUUCGAAUUCCCAUAGUCUUUUGCAAGUUAUUGCAUAUAGGCCAGCGGGAGCCUUCGACCCUUCAUCGCGCGUCUCCAACACAAACCUCCCCUGCAUCUCCAUCUCUUUCAUUAAAGAAUAUUACUCGGUCUUAUGCAGAGCUCCAGGAGAGCGCACCUACCCUCAGUCUUACUACUAUUACAAUUCGUGUUGUUCAAUCUUCAAUUGACAAUCCAGCUCUUCGUGGCCAUCCUGCAUUUUAUGAAUAUAAUCAAUUCACCCUUGUUCCCAUCCGCCUCCUAGCAAUAGAUGUUGCAAGGAACUAUGCUUUGGUAGCCUUGUCCACUGGCAGAGAUUCUACAGAUUGGGAUGCGUGCACCAGGUCAUUCCAUGAGGUUAAUCUGCAACUUAUACAUUUAGACUGCUACGGUAGCCUCCAGGAUGAUAAGGACGCACGCUUCUCUUACAAUCUCUAUAAUAAUGGGAUAUACUCCUCAUACGAACAAUCUGCUCGCUACCUGAUUGAUAACUUUCUUGUUAUUACCACUGCAGAUACCUUACUAACUCUUAGAAACCGUUCCUCCUCUGAUCGCUUUGUCAACGAGGACAAGCGGGUCACAUAUCUGGAGCAUACGUUACAUACACACAUACGGCGCUUGGUUAUUAAUUCGGUAUGCCUCCUCUUCAACCUUCACUUAUUUUCUAAUGACUACGUCAAAUCGCAACUUCAGGUGCAGAGUCAGCACUUUAGCUUGGAUCUUUCGCCAUCAUUAGCUGACUUCGAACGAGCUAAAAAAGAUGUUGAACGAUCGACCUCCCUACUGAUUAACCCAAAAACAAUUUGGCUCUUUCUUAGAGACAAUAGGGCAGUCCUUCGUUCACUUCUCUCUACCCCUCUAUCGUCCCAACUCACUACUGAGCAGAAGUCCCUUCUUCUUACUGGUGAUCUUUAUAGCACAGAGGCACAUGGCCUACUUCUUUUAUUGUGUCCUGUGUUACCAGCUGCGCUAGAGGGCAUUAUCUCUGACUACUCUGUUUUCUAUUCUCAAGCAGUGAGCUAUACGCUGAUGCGUCUCUGCACAAUUGACGAUGUCAAUGAAGAAACGCGUGUGCUUGCACCUCGCAAAUCCUGUGAUCUUCAAAAGAUUGCGUUGAUUUUGAAGGGAUUAAGCGAUUUGUUACCAGACGGUGAAGACCAGAACAAUGGUACCAAUACUACCAGCUCUUAUUUUGCAAAUAGCACACCACCAAACCUCCCAUGUGCAGACUCAACUUCUAUUAGUGUAGAGUUGCAUGCGCUCUACAAUGAUUGUUUACGGUAUGGUAUUAUUCUGUACUCUCGUGAGACCAGGCGGAUCUUCCACUCGAUGGUUAGUCGACGGGCACGUGGAUCUACCACCUUUUCGUUCUAUUCCAAAUCAGCAAUUUCUCUCAGCAAAAGGCCAUUCAUAGCUCAGCACACUGUUCUAUUGGAUCUUCCCAGGUAUUCGUCAAAGUUUAUAAAGCUGUCAAACACGUUUCUUCAACUUCUAUCAAGGUUUUGUGCACCAAUCAAUCUCUCUAUUGCAGGGCUAUUAGAUGCGUUUUCCUCGUCACGGAUUCUUUUACGACAAUACAAUGAGUUGUUCGCAGAACUGGAGCUAAGGUAUAGAGAGCUUGGGUAUAACUUCGUCUCUGUAAAGCGACAGAUCUAUGAGGUGAUCAAGCGUGAAUCAUCGGAGACCCAAUCCUUGCUAAAGGAGUUCUCCGCUUUUCCUCGCACAGUUGACUUCUUGUUAGAUCCCUUAAUUCUUCCCAUGUUGAGACGCCGUACGCUAAAAUCUCCCCAUAUAUAUGUCGAAAAGUACAUUUCUCAGCGAAUACAUCUUGAGCCACCUCAUGUUUAUCACAAUCUGGAUGUGAUAUCUGAUGAUGACGACGACGAGAGUAAGCCUGCCCUACAAUUGAAAGAUGAGCAUGCCAAUGUGGCUAUUGUUAAGGAGGCCCAAAAGAGUAUUGUGAAGAGCAUUCUUGAGCAGUCUACUGGUUCGGCGCACGCUGAUUUCUACUAUGAUCUUCCUCUCGAUAGUGAUCAGUACUCUGACACAUUAAGGUACGCAUUUUUGUACAGCAAGCUCUUUGCACUCUUCAUCACCGAUGUUGUCCCGCUUAUUUCUGCGCUAUUCUUUAGGGACUUCAACUUAAACAAGAUACAAGAGAGUAAUAGACGCUUGGAAGAAAACCCAGUUCUUGCCUACGAGAUAUUUAACUAUCAGGUCGUUCUCUUUCUACAGCGUACAUUCUCUGAAGACCUAGAUAUGAUUCAGGAGAACCUCUUGGAGUUGUGCCGUGCAGAGUAUGCCUAUGCAACCGAAGAAUCUAUGAAUCAAUUGCGAUCCACCAGCUCCAUAGAAGCAGCAAUAACGACUCAGAAUGUUUCUACUAUUAAACUGCCUCAUAAGCCACUUGUUAAGCUGGACUUCGUAUGUUUUCGAAAGCCAGAUGUGUUCAAGCCCUACCAGCGCAGAGAAGAUCUUAAUGGGCUGGCUAAUCUGGUAGUUGGAUUCACAGUGGAUUGCGUUGCCCAAGUUACUAUGAUCCGGACUGUCGUCACCAAUUUAGUGCACUCCUUACAUCGACUUAAUACUGAUCUCGAGUACCACCUCACUACCAAUUUGAUUUUCUUAUCUAAAAGCAUCGUGAAAGGCUACUCUGAGCUACCGCCACUUAAGCGAUACUGCAAACAACUGGUUCAUAAGGAGCUUGAGCUCAUACAACAAGAUCUAACCUCCUUCAAUAUUAUUAAGCCCAAGACAUUUCAGGAUCGUCUUCAGCGAGAGGUGUACCUGGAAGAUAUCAUAGCAUCACGUUAUUCGGACUUUGAGCUAGCCUAUUUUGAGGAACGGAAGAGGCUUCGACUCAGCUAUGCGCAGCUCCUCGAAGAAAACUUCAACAAUAUCACGUCAUUGAAGGAAAUACUAUACCGAUGCCCGCCCAGUUCAAUGGGAUCUAAGUCAAAUUUGUUAAUAAUAUCUUACAAUCGCCAGUUUUUUCGGCAGUUUGACCAGUUGCUUUCUAAUAUUUAUUCAGCUGCCUUUCUAUGUUCAGAGAACAUCACAAGAGAGCUAGAACGGAACAAACUGCACACUAUUGCAUUGCAUAAUGUCCUGCGACAUCGAUAUCUAACUGCAAGCGAAGAUGCCGAACAGCUCAAGAGGUUACUGGAUGAUGCAAGCACCCAGGAGACAGAUAACUCGUUACCGGAGUCUAUAUUUACUCCACCCCUCUUCCUUUAUCAGAGUCCUGCCAAGUUAGUCGUUGAAGAGCAGGCAGAUAUGACUAACAUAUUACAUGAUGAAAUACUUACCUUUAAUAACCCCCUCUUCAGUGUACAACUCACUACAGGCGAGUAUCUAAAUUCAUAUGGUCUUUGUGACCCUACUAAGGAGUCUUCCUCAAGUGCUGCCACUCCAAUUCCUGGUACUGUUGAAGAACAGGAUAGCGAACAGGAACAGCACUCAGACAGGUCAGAGACGGCGUCCUUAGCUACCACCACCCAACAACAGAGUUCCAGCAAAGAGCCGCACAUAUCUGACUGUCCUUUCCCACGGCUGGGGAAGCCUUCAUCAGAGAAGAAUUCUAUAAGAAAGCGGCACCGUGAGGCUUCCCUUCUUUACGUGAUUGUUGAUAACGCUACUAUAGUAAUUAAUAGAAUACUAAAUUACAUUAGAAAAGAAAUCUUGCCAAUCAAUCCGCGAUUCUAUAUCAAUUUUAUUAUGUAUGACACCACCCUAAUGAAGAAGCAACUGAUAAAUAAGCUCAUCGCUGUAAUCGAGCACGUUCGUGAACAUGUUCGCCAGACAAUCAGUGAGGUUUUACAGACACCCUUUGCUACCAUUUCCUUCUUUGAGAACAGGAUCUGCCUCGACAUGGACACUCCGGAUAACUUGGAUAUGGUCAUCACUGGCCUAGAUGAUGCCCAGAAGUUCAUAUGUGGCUGGAUCCCGGCGAUCAAGAUGCUCAUAGAUCUUCUACCUCUCUUGUCCUACAUUGAGAGUACUGCGUCUAUUACAGACGUCCAAAGCCUCUUUGAGUAUCUGGGUGUUAGUGCCAAAUUAAAGGCAGGUGUCCAGACUGAAUCACAGGGGACGAUUCAUCAAAGCGACGACUCAGAUUCUGAAGGGUCCGCUGAUAAAAAGGAAGACAUCACCGUACAUACAGACGGAGCUAGAGAAGAUAGUCCAGCGGAAGUCGAGCGUACCAAUCAGCACGCUGCUGCUGACAUGGACUCGCUUCAUGACCUAAGUGUGCACCGGUAUCUUCUCCAGAAAGAUCUACUAUUUAUUCCAGAGGACCGUAUUACGUUUGAGCAGAUGCUUGAUCAUGCCUUCGACAUCCAGCUCUGGACUAGGAUCUCUAAGGAUCGUAGUAAGUAUGAGCGAAGGAAGACACGCUACCUGAAGCGUGUUGCAAGCAACAAGAUUGAUCCUGCCAAGCUCCCCUUCGAAAAGGCAGUUAAGUGUCAAGCAACUCUGCCCAAGGUCUCCAUUCUUGUUUCAAUGAGGCUUUCUCAACUGCAACUUCGGGGAUAUGCGCAUAAUUAUCUUAUUCUUUCGUUCAUAGAAAAAAUCCUCAACUUCAGGCGACUUAUUAACACCUGCAAAAGAAACAUCGAUCGGAGACUCCAGUCGUUUUCUAAUUUCAUUUAUCUCAGUGUAGAAUAUCUUCUCUACUUGCGCCAACUGUGCAUAGGCCUUGCGAACGAAGUAACACGGCUCACAACGUCUGAUCUGAUAUCUUCUGUGGCUCGACCGCAUGAGUUCAAGGAAAAAUAUCCACGCCUGACGAGCAAUAUUGUGUUGAAUAGACUCGAACAGUACUUUAAAUCUCAAAACGGGGAGGACGCCUAUGCAUUCAUAAAGUUUGUACAAAGCCACACCAAUUUGGCGAUAACGCGACACAGUUCAUUUCAGAGGCAUAUGAUCACUCUUUAUACUCGGCCGACAGACGACUAUCUAUGCAGCAACCCACUAAUUACCGAUUUGGAGUCGCUCUUUCGAUUCCUGGUAAAGUGCAUAUAUGAAUUAGACGAGGACUCGAGAUCGGGAACGAUAAAGAUGAGUCAUGCCUCGGGUAACACACUUAUAAUGAAGCAGUCUGCAGACCAAAAGCAGACAGGUAAUACGUCGCCGUACUAUGACCUCUAUGCGAUCUUCACGGAGGUACAUGUUCUCGUUAAGGAGACUGUUAAGAUAUUUGGUGCAAUAACCCAAUGGAGCGAGAUUCUCGGGAUCACCUUGGCUAUCGAGGAGCCAAGCUUUCGAGACAUUCUUUCAGUGGUUGAAAGCCCUUGUCAACUUCUCGUUUCAAUUGUGGAUAUGUUUGCCUCCUACACACGAAUAAUGCAUCAGCCAGUGACGGCUUUUAAUCCGUCACUUUUCCUAACAUAUAUAGACACAAUCUUUUUGUGCAGCCGAAAGAUGCAUGUGGCCGAGCGUAGCAACAUUUCAAUGUUGGCCCAUGCAGCACCUAGCCUUAAUGACAGACAUGAUCAAUACAACUCGGAAUAUUCGUAUCAUCAGAGCACAGCCCACAGACUCAUAGAACCUAGCACCGCAGAGUUUUUAAUCAAUGAAGACUAUGAUCCUAGACACCAAGUAAUCCUUGAAACAUCCAUUUUUACCACUGAUGGUAUCGAUGCCGAUGCCCCUAAGGGCUUGACGACCAACAUUGAUACACCCCGUCACGAAGAGUUACUUUCCAAAGGUAUGGAUGACCUCACCGUAUUAAUUUCUGAGAAGAACACACAGAGCAAUACCUUCGUAACAAGAGGGAUGAAGUUUAUUCUUAGCUUGCUUGAUGGGGAAAAAAUUUCGGCAGGAUAUACACUGAAGCAGCAGAGCACGCUCCAAAUCUCGCAGCGUUCUAAGGAGAAACCGAAAACCUCAUCGCUUCCAUCUAUACUUACAGCACGAGCUGCCAAACAGGAGCUUUCCGUUGUACAGGAAGAAAACCUUGAAGGAGCGGGCUCCAUGAUCGAUUCAUCAGUUGCUCCAACAGCUGCUAAGGUUAGGGAUUCUAUUUACAAAGAAUCUACUUCACCACCGUCUCCGUCCCAGUCGUCUCAGAUUAUCACGUUUGAUGAUAGACUGCUUAAGCAUGCCCAAAACUUGCACGAAGACCACGAUCAAGCAGCCUGUGACACCACCUCUGAGAUAUCUACCGCACAACUUGGACUGCCGUUGCCCGCUGGAGAAGUUUCAGCAAAUAGCUUUUCAAUUGAUACUGCACGCUCUGUACGCUCCGCUAAAUGCCAAUUCAAUCAACACGUCUCAGUUGGAGAUACGCCACCGAACGUUUCAAGCAUUCAUGGAGCUCCAGCGAAGACUGUGAUCACUAGCGUUGUCUCUGCAAUAGCAGCUGGCUCGAGAUUGGCUAUAUCCAACGCCAGUCGUGCCAGCCAGUUUAUUCUAGAUAACUCUAUCCGCGAUGCGCCAGUGCUUACCUUGCUUUCCAACACUGGCCUACAGUCACUGCGGGAUGUUGCUAUGCACAUGAACGUAAUCAAGCUUCCCGUCAAAAUAAAGUACUUCCAAACGCUAUAUGUUAAGCAAAAGGACGUGCGAACAGUGAUCAAACUGAAGGAUAACUCGCCCGAUAUCAUCUCUGCAAAAAUAUUAGAAACGAUUAAUAGUUUUAAAAAUACCGCACUCUUUGAGUGUUGUCGCUUAGAAUGUAACUAUAGGACAUGGAUACCCACACUGCGCCUAUUAGUCGUCUCACUUCUUCUGUACGGUAUCCAGCAUUUUUCAUUUCUCUCCACCAUUCGGCUUCUUUUCAAUUCUAACCACUUUGCUUCCUACUUUCUGAAUCAAUGCUUAGAGCAUGCAUGUACAUUUGAUGAACCAACUACCUUGAGCCAAGACUGGAAAGGCUUUUCUGAUCACUCCUCCAUAAGCAUCCGGGAUAGUCUGGAGCUCAUUUCUCCAUUUAAUCAUCAGCUGGCAAGCCAGAUUAAUAAGCAAUAUCUCCUAAAUUAUUCUGCAGAAAAUAGAUUGCUAGAAAUAUACUACUGGCUGCAUAAUAUAGAUAUUUUUAUAACAUAUUACACGAUCAAUCUGCAUCUAAAUGACGAGAUUGCACGUGUGCUUGGAGAUCUUGACUUCACUUUUGGUGAGCACAAUGCCGAUGCAGCAGAGGCUAUUAAAACAGAAAUCUCUGACUCUAAUUCUCUUGUCCCCGUAGUUCAGAAAAGUGGCAUUCUUUUACCUAGAAGGACUGUUGGUGUCACAGAAGUGAUUGAAGACGCCACUGCACCAGGAAGUGAGACCAAGAGCGAUUUGGCGGAGGCAUUCAAAGACCAGCACCGGCAUUGCACCGAUUCUUCAGAUGAGGACGCCUUUGAUCUGUUUGAGACACCGUUCGGAAGGAUAGCUGGGUGCACCAACAGAAAGACAACGCUUCCGUUGCUAAAACCUCGCAUCAAGGCUCUCACCAUUAUUGCACCUCAACCAUCGAUUGCAUCCAGAGAUGAUGAUGCUUCAUUGUCGCAUCAACCGGGCAACUCAACACUUAGCUCACAAACUCCCAUUAAGGAAACGAACGAUACUACUAAGCAGGCACGCGCUAAAUCAAUAUUAAUCUCCAGGGAUCAAAGGCACGUCCAAUCCAAGGUCUUGCUGGGCAACCAACGAACCAGGGCACCCCUUAUCAGGAAGAGGCGUAGCUAUGAUGGACCCGCACGCAUUACACUACCAUUCUUUAACACACACCCCUAUCUAUUGAAGGCUCUGCGAGAAGGUAUCUUCAUUGUGACAGCUAUUUUGGCUGACAAAGGAGUUAUACCUAAGGUUGCAAAGAUGGCUCGCAUAAUAGAGGACAAACUGAUCUUCUGCAGAAAUUUCGUCAUAGCUAUUGGCAAUGUUAGAAAGCUUCUCCCAGAGCUUAUUGCCCUGACAAACGCAAUCUAUGAUGGGAUAGCCGACCUCACGCUACUCAAGCUUUCUCCAAAUGAUGUUAAGAAAGUGACGAUUGAGAUAUUAAGCUGUUUGAAGCAUAUCUGUAUUUUUGCAAAAUCAAAGCAUGAAGUUGUGUGGAAGCUCAAUAGUAUGGGACAGCAAAACGUUCAUGAACACGAAUCUGUUUACACCCUUCCGUUCAUCUCAUUUCUGGACAACCUUAAUCUUCUGGACAGAAGACGCUGCGGGACUCGGCUUUCUGUUCCGAAAUUCUAUACAGAUGAGAGUCCCAAUCCAAACUGUUUCCAAUUUAUGAAUCUUUUUGCUCGCGAUAUUCUUGCAAAGGUCCAGUCAUUUAUGACAAAUGUGCUGGCCGCAGAGGAACUACUCUCACGCUGCAGACGCAACCUCUCUUCACAUCCAGUGGUGACAACUAUUUAUGCCAAUCAGCAGUACAGAAUCUGUGCACCCUACGCACGUCUUCCGCUUUCGUUUGCGGUCCUCUAUUCUCAACUAACUACAGUUCCACUCACUGGCGUCCUGACUGAUGCCUUAUUCAACUCUGUUUUUUCUCCAUUGAUUGUGGACACGGACGAAUCCAGCGUGGAAGAUGGCUUUGAAGACGAGCCUCCUCGCGACAUGACUGACGUAAAACACGGCCCACAGCUGUCAUAUAGUCUUCUCUCUAAUCUCAUAGAUUCCACUGGUAACUUCUUCGGUAUAUUCAAGGGCCAUGAAAACAUCUUUUACCAAACAAUUAUCAAGGCGAAUGCACGCGUCAAGGAUUGCUACCUCUUCACAGAGGGCUCCCUUCACUCUCAGCAUAUAGUUCAUAACUAUCGCAAGGCAGCACUACUUUUCCUCAACGAGCGCUACCGCGAGGCUCUUCUGUUUUGCACAUAUCAAGCCAUUGUCUAUGCGCUCUCCUGUAUCGUCUACUUAUAUUGUGAUGGCCGCUCCGAAUCGUUCAUCUAUUGCUACGAGAAUGUAAUAUGCUCAAUGAUACGGAUUCUUGAGGAAGAGACAUAUGACUUAAUUAGGGGCACAGGGAAGUUGAGGGCACAGGGGUCGUUUCAGGUGGGGUCUACGUUUUCGGCAACAAGCUCCAGGAUUCUUAUGCUGAAGGCUCUCUAUGCACGGCUUCUCGAGCACAAAGAAACACUGGAUAUCAUGGCCCUUACUGUUGUCCAGCACGUCAUUGCGCGCAAUAUCUUGCCACCAGAAAGGAUUCCAUCCCUAACAGAUCAAUUCGAUGCUCGACUCUGUUGGGAUAUCCUUUUGCUUUAUGGGCGGAAUCGCGGCCUUGUGCUCAGUGGUUUGGAACAUGGAGUCAGUCUUUCCAUUGCAACCAAUCGGCAAACAUCUGCUCUAGUCUAUAGCCUUGCUUCCGAUACCUUGCUUGGAAAUGGAGCUAAUCGCCGCGUAGAUUUACCUAUGCUGGAUCUCACAUACACAGCAGAGGAGAAGACCCUGAUCAAAAACGCAAAGGCGCGGCUACAAGCACGCACUGAGUCCGUCAGCCUGCUAACAUCCAACAGCGAUGCACCUGAGGGAACGGAGCCUCGAGACACAAAGGGGAAUGAUAAUGUGGCUUUCGAUGACUUCGCUGCACUUACUAUGGAGCUUUUUAGGACCCCUGAGUCCUUGUCUAAACUCAAUCAAGCCACCGUUUCCACUGCAAAUUUAGAUGAUAAAAUGGCAUACGCUACACCCGUCUCCUCCAUAGCUUUGAAUUGCGACACAAACAUAACCGACUUCAGAAUGCCGACAGCGCCACUCAGCGAGACCUUAGUUAACAUUGUGUUGUCGGGGCAGCUUAUUAGUAUAUCUUCGUCAUACUUUAAUCCUGCCAAUGAAUACGACUCCAUGUACAUAUCGCACACCAUGAGGCUGAAAGCAGCACGAUUAAUAUCUGCUCUGCGUAGCAAAUCUGUCGCACUUCUUCUCACCGACUGGGCUAGGGGAUACUUUGCCCUAGAGGUUUAUUACUUAGCGCAUCUAGUAGCUAGAUAUCUAUCUUCUCACGUUCUUUUUAUUCCAAUAACAGAUGCUAGCUUUUUACCACAGUAUAACCGUCUUCGCGAGCUACUCAUCUCGAGAUACCUAGUGAUUUUGUACGGAGUUGAUACCUUGACAAAGGAGCAUCUGGAAAUGCUCUCAACCACAUUUGCAACAACAACUCUAUCGUACGGGUUUGAGGAUUUUUCUAGUUAUUCGAUCUCUUCCGAAACAAGGCUGGAAUUUAAUCCCUACAGCCGCAGCAGUAGAUCAUAUUCGUCUCAGGGCUGGAUUCCCAUCGAUAGUGACAUAGACCAUUCGUUUUGCAGACUGAUUAUUUGGCUAGCUGGGGCAAUGCCCCAGGAGUGCAGCGUGACCACGACUAUGACAUCCAGCCCUAGUUCUCACAGCCAGAGAUCGUCUUCAGGCCCACAUAUCGUUGAUGAGCACUAUAUCUAUCAAGUACAUCCCCAUGCAGAGCGAGUAACUCAAAAGUUUCGAAAGGCAUACAUGAUGUAUCUUCCCUUUAUUCCUUAUAUUUCUACCUUGCAAUCUACACAUGAAUUCAGAACAACUCAGUUAGUCUGUGCAUCGGCAUCUCUUGUUGAUCAAACAACCUUCACCAAGAACUUUUCUGCCUACAAGAGUAUUGUUUUAGAAGUAUACAUGGAACACGUAGAGUCGCUAAAGCACCAAAUAGUCGUUAGAGCCGACAAAAACUUGGGAGAUAGUUGCUGCACAAUUUCUCCAUUUCAACGACUCUUCAGAUCGCUGCCAGGACUCUAUCAGGACUCGUUUUAUCAUCUUCAUGUGUUUCUUAGCAACUUGUCUAACGAUUUUCCAAAGCUAUUGGGGCUCGAUUUUAUGCUUAUUCAGCAUAGACUGGCACCGGAUGCAAACAGGACUGCAGCGUGCACCCAAACGUUUGUGUACCUGGUCUCAUGCAUGUACUUAGCCACCGAGGAGUCGUUUUGCUUAGUCGAUGACAUAAACUCAGAUCUCCUCCAGAGUGAUGGCGCAACUCAUGAAGAAGUCAAAUCAGAGGCUCCGCAUGCAGCUAUUAAUCUGCAACACAAACUCAGCAUACUCAUCUCGUGCCUUAUUUCUGUGUUUGGCCUGUCACCAGCUAAUGCAACCACGUUUGAACAUUCGGGCUCUCGUGUCACAUCGGAUUCCAUGGCUUAUAUGAUAAGGCGUUCUUCUUCCCCCAAGUACCUAGAGUCUCUACACGGCCUUCAGCGAUCAGCAGGCAUCCUCUCUGAGUUUGGGGCGUAUAUGGCUACAGUGAUGAUGGACCUUUUGGCAGCCAAGGAACCGUUUGCUAUUCUAACCACGAGCAUGGCACAGCAAUUCUUUGAGUAUGUCCAUGCAAUCCUCUCCAGGGCCUCGGCGUUGACAUUUCUGCUUGCCUAUUCAUCUGCAGAUAUACACUUCUAUGCUGACCUAUUAUCUGCCUUUCCAAAUCGCUAUGCACUGGCUAUUGUCUUGGAUCAGCACUCUGAUCUCCUACUUUACCAAAACAUUCUUGGCAUGUUGGCUGCAAGGCAGACCAUUUACUCCGAGAAUAACAAAACUUAUACAUUCAAGGCUCCCGUUCAUGUUAUCAUUGUAGCUCGAGCUCGUGAUGCAAGAAUCCUCCAGCUUAGCAUCAGAAAGUUUUCGCUUAGCAGAAACUUGCACCUCUCCGACAUAGGCUUUUAUUUUAUGAGUUUUGGCAAUCUUUCACAAUUGAAUAUAAGUCACUUGAUUUCAAUCCAAGCACCUACCCUGGCAAGCAUCUCAUCGUAUGAUAAACUAAUGCAGUAUAUCUACGCCAAUUUUGACGCUGAUUAUCACAUCUACACCAGCUCUUUCUUGACACGGACGAAGCUCGGCCUCUACAUAAGCUACUUCAAUUUCCUCGUGUUCAACUUUGUUAUGUUCAUCUCCACUGAGAUUGGUGCACAUCUUACUCUUACGCUACGCCACUGGCGCAUUAUCAAGGCGCUAAUACACCUUUUCUUCCGGUACUAUGGCAUUCUAGACGUGCAGACUGGGAAUGACUCUCAUCGCCCUACCCUGUCAACUGAGGAGGAGCUUUCUACAGACACCAUGAAUCUGUAUCAUGAGCUAUCUAUUCGAUCUUACACCGACGCAAAGAACCCAAUAAGCUUCAAGCAACAGAAGGAUUUGAGAGAAGCUUCUACCAAGCCCUUAGAGUUCAACAUUAACGAUGCCUUAGGGUCCCACUUUUCUUACUUCAGCGAACCCAUUUCUCUUGCCCAUUCUUUCGCAGACCUCCGCGGUGAAUCCUUGCAGUCCAACCCCGGUGCCCACAAUCUAAACCACAGAUCGGUGUCAUUUGAAACUGCAUACAGCACAAUGCUAAACCAAACAUCGGCCCAAUUCACACAGUCGUUCAUUUCACGCCUGCUCCUGACAUCAAACAGCCGCCAUAUUGCAGACAUCCUGCACUAUAGUGUUAUUAGCACUGUUUUUAGUGCAUUUAUGUUAUUAUACCGCAUGGAAUACAUCAACGGAGGGCUGCUCUUCAAUAGCUUGUCCUACUACCGACUAUACGCGUCUCUUCUGAGCUAUAUACCUACAUUUUCUCUAACUUUGGAGUCCGAAUUUUUCGAGCAGCAUGUUUUUUAUAGAAAGGACGGUUUUCGCUUGAGCAAGUGGAUGCAUUUGUUCUGCGACAAUGCAAUCAUGUCCCUCCAGGACCUUUAUGUGAGCCAAACAUAUUUCUUUACGAAUGCUGAAACCUAUCCUACCUUCUCAGCACUGUUUGCGAAGAGGCAUGCUGAAUCGUUGAACCCUAAGGUAGCACAUUCCACUGGGUCCUCCACUGGUUCGUCAACUCUCAGUAGAGGACCAAACUAUUGUGAGACAUACGCUAAUGUGUCAGACAUGGGGGCUGCGGCACGUGGAGAGGCUUCUGUUGAGGCCUUUUCCGUUCCAGAUGACCAGUUUGCUGCUAAGCCAGAAAAAACAGUAUCUGAUUCUAAUUUCAAGUCGAUGUGGGGUGGCAGUACAUAUAGCUUUAUAGCGAUUACGUCAUACUUGUCGGACAGGCUUUUGUUGACGAUUGCAAAGAAGCUCGGGCUCACAGCCGAGAUUAUCUAUGAAUUGGAGCAAGUGUCUCUGCCACAAUAUAGAAAGAAGUGCAUGGAAAGUUUGAGCAAAAGAGCCGACCAAUUAAGAAUCAGCAGAUUGAAAGAAACACAAUCGACAAUUCCCACGGGAAUGUCAGCGUCAUCAGUCAACAAGAUCAAGAACAAUUCUCAAGCACAACGCCUAGACAUCUCUCGGCCUGUUAACAACACUUCUUUGUUGCCAGAAAAAGCAGAACUGAACGCAGACUGCACUGACUUUUCUGCAGUGCUUCGGAAGGUUGCUUCGUCUACAUCCACGGGGCAAUCUCUUCAGCGUGUUUCAACAAGGGUUCUUACAUCUUUAGAGUGUCAAAGUUUACCUACCAAAGGUUCUCGUAUUUCAUCUGCUCCUCACCAACUAGAAGGGGAUAACCUUGCUUCUGCUGGGACGCCAAAGACGACAUCACGGGCGCGCUUGGGAAGGCUGAAGCAUCUUCAGUUAGACUCAGUGCCCGAAAAAACUGGCUCACAAGAUGAUAAGUACGUGGUUUCAUUCAUUAGAAGGUACAUGCCUAUAUUAGAAGUUCCCUAUAGAGUAGGGGAAGAGAUCUUUGUUAGCACCAGCCUCCUAACUAUGCAGAAUAGCUACGCAGAUACGUCGAACUCUCUCCAGCUAGUGAUCACCAAUGACAUGUCUGCGUACGCAGUCUAUUACGCAGGAUGUAUGUUAUCUGGAGAGUCCUUUGUUAUUCUGGGGGACUCCUUUAGCGGAAAAACCACUAUUUUGCAGAUUGCCGCUUCGCUGAUAGGCUCCGACAGGGUGUCCCUCCAAACGUUCUACGUGGGCAAUAGUACUAUCAAGACCAUUGCUGAUUUGCAAGUACAAAUACUCAGAAAAAGCUAUCUCCUUCGACCAGAAAUUUCUCGAGCAGGAAAUCUAUACACAGCACAAUCUGUUAAUGGCAAAUUUAAUAUCUUACAUAUCUCAGGCCUUACUCACGCAAAUCUAUUGGAGUUCCUAAGCCUUCCGCUCCUCGAGCAUGUCAUUUACGUCGAUAUUUCACAGCGUGAUGUUUCAAAGGCCAUUGGGGGCUUUUGCGGCCGCAUAUUCCUCCGUGAUUCUGUGGUGAUCUAUGAAGUAUCUAGCUCAUGCACAGAAAGGACGGCAAGACGCUUGAUGGACAUGUCUGUAUAUGUGUCAACGUUCUCUGCGACUAGUAAGCCCACAUUCUUCCACAGCCUGGUCUAUCGCAACUUUGUGUACGACCACCUAAUACAAGAUGCCUACUGCUCGAUGGAAAAGAGCGUCGCCAACUACCAUGCGAUCCACUAUGAUGUAGACGACCCCCUUACUGCACUCUUGCCAGUCUCCCCCCGCUUUCAUUAUCCGAAGGUCUUCCAGCCCAUAACAGCAAGAGUGUUUGCAGCCAGAGGCAUCAAGCGCUUUCCAAAGCUAUCUGCCGAGUCCAUAGCAGGAAACAUAGAUGCCCUUCAGAGCGACCACAGACCCCAGUUGACUAAGUAUGCGCCCAUGUCUAUCGUAAUACGUACCCUCGUCAAGUCCUUUGCCGAAGGGUUACUACUAAUAAGGCCUCUCCUCCCUAUAUCUCUUCUCGAGCUCUUGUGCAGCAUGAAGCAGAAUGUGUACUUUGAUGAUACCGACGUAAGAAACGUUUUCGGCUAUCCUCCAUCCAGUUUUCUAGAGAAUCUACAUAUGCUAGUUCCCUCUGCAAAUAGUCUUUUCUCGGCGCUUCUUCGACAUGGUUCUGUCCCUAUAUCCGUGUCUACACGGGUCUAUUCCGAGUUAGUGUCUGCAUUCUCCGUUGGCACUCUCUCUUCGACAUCUGUUUUUAGCGUCCUUACUCCGGAGUAUGCAGAAGCAUUUAAGCGCAUGUAUCCCUUUCUUAUCCCUUUCAGUUACUCCGACAAUGGUAGAGCAGAUACCAUAAGUAUAAUGCUACACUUUUCGUGGGAGACUUGUCUCAAAACGGUCAUCGAUCCGGAUGGGCCAUCCCAUAGCGCCCUCUCCAUGCCUGUAUCUAGCAGAGAUUCUAAGGUUUCAACGCCUAACUCAAGGCAUGCCCCUGUUUUGAUCUUUAAUGGAGACUACUUCACUCGUCACAGAUUUGAGCUACAACGAAGGAUCCCAGUAAGUGCACGAAAAGACUUUCGAUACAACAAGAUUCUUAACAUAGACAAGGCGUACUCCGUUGACGUGCUGAAGUUCACCGGCGAUCUGAUUGACGAGCUAUCUGUGGAUGACGGCCCGAAGCAUGAGCCACUGCUGCCUACUGCUGUCAGCGCUGCUGAGAAACCAAGAGAGAGGGCUGAAUCUAAGAAGAACGCUGCACUUACCAUGCUAAGCAAGAUGUCCAAGUUCCAAGACAUCCACCUUACAUCUAUGCUCACCAGGGCUGGGCUAGACUUCUUCGACUCCGAUUCCAGCUCUGAUGACUCAUCUAGUAUGACACUCGAAAGCACCGACAGAUCUGAGCAUAGACCCGAUCUUCUCGAAAGGCGUGGCGAGCUUACCUCAGCUGCUAAUACUGCUAUUCGGGCCACAUAUUCUGACUAUGCCCAAGGCUUUUUGAGGAAUGACAACGUUAGCACAGCUAGAGACCGAUCAGAGCAGGAGCAAGAGCAGAGUCAUGACUUGGACCUCACUCAACAUCAACUAGUCCAGGACUUCGAAGAUAAACGCCCCAGUACCACCAUUGUUCGCCUACUGGUCAAGUACAGAGAUAUCCGUGAGGUUACACAUCUUUCAAGCCAUGUAGCUAUAAUACUUAUCCGUGCAUACCUCAUCACAGAGAUAAUGUGGCAUCGAAACUGCAUCAAAAUAUAUGAGUAUCUAUCUACGCUCAGAUUUGGUCCAGCCAAUGGCAUGACCCAAUUUAAUCAGUUCAGUCGAGUCUAUAAUCCUCCUAAGAUUCUUAUCUCCUACCUUCAGCUAAGCAAUCUGCACAAUUAUGUAGAGGACACACAUCAUAUGCUCCAGUUUAUUGCCCUUCUGGGCAAUUUCAAGCUUGUCAAUUCCCUGGACUUCAUGGGCUUCAUCACCGGCUUAUACUAUUCUCCACACGACGGUACUGUGCGAAUACCAAAAGAUGGGCAGCGAGGAUCGAUGGCUCCGACCUCAACUAAAUCUAAGCCUAAGCAACCCAAGGAUUGCAGUGUCUCCUUGCUCAACAUUCAUCAAGGAAUGUAUACGAACUUCGCAAUUCAUCUUCUCUUUACCAGAUACCACCGAUAUCUCAUCAAUUCCUACCAGCUGAUUACCCUGGUUGGGAUCCUUGCAAUUGAGGCAGAGAUAGGAGACGUGGAGUUGUCUAUACGCAAAUCUCUGAAGCCAAUAAAGAGCUCUUACUAUUCAGACUCGUCUGAUGAAGACGACUUUAUUGCGCAGACCAAUCCGCGCAUCCUACGAACUCUCAAAAAGAAGUCCGUCUUCACUCCAGAUUCUCGCCCAUUCCUUAGGGCCGAAAAGCCAGUCAUGACCUACUCUGGCAAGCUUUCGAAAAGCGACCCGUACUAUUACAUUUUCAGGGAGGUCAAUAAAUACUGUGUCGAGCGAGAACCGGUUAACGGGUUUUCCCUUCCACUAACCGGGCUGAGAUUGGAUUUUCUCGUAGACCUCGUUGGUGUCUAUAAAACGUCUAAGGAUGUUUCUGUGCUUACAUACUACAUCGUUAGAGCCUACCUGCUGAUGGCCUUGGGAUUUAGUCCAUCUCUGGGGCUCAAGGAUCUUUCUCUUCUGAGGAUAAAUGAGUUUUACAACACAGAGACAUCCUCAGGCAUGGGUGUGUGGAAUUCUAUUGAUUCUUCGCUUGUGAAGAAGCACCUAGGAAGAGCAUCCAUCCGAGACUUCUUUCUUCCAGAGCCUGUUGAUAUAUUAUUGGUUCUGCAUAGUAAUCUCCUCGUUGGGAAGCUGGAUAUCCUUAGUUCUAUUGCUUCUCUUCCUCAUACACUUACUGCGGUUUUUCUGGAGGAAGAGCUCCGGUUCAUCAGCCUACUUGUGAGCUGCUAUUAUGAGCUUGAUUUCUUACUCUGCGAUCAGGAGCUAAUGUGGCUUCUCUCUAGAAACUUCAGCAUUUUGGUCCUUAAUGACACCGUAUCCAUUUCCCUAGAUAUUUUGAAAUGCCUUACUAUUCUCCCGUCAAUUGGUGACCAGGCUAUACAAAAGUAUGUCGUGAACGGAACGUGCUUGAGCGGAACAGACAGCUUUACCAGUGUCUCCUUCACGACCAACUACUUCCAUAACCUGGAGAAGUCCCUCAACAUCAUGUUCUCUUCUGUUGCAGAGCCUCUUUUGAGGUGUUUUUCAGUAACAAGCAAGAAAACUCUUUAUCUACCUGAAUCAAACUCUGUGCUGCCACCCGACAUUUUCGGCGAGUUUAGAGGAACGCUUAUUCUUGCAUGCACGAUAGGCUAUGCAAUCUGCCUCCAAUACCUCCAGACCAGCACUCUGAAUUAUACCUUGACGUUUAGCGCAUACACAGAGCAUGUUUGGCGUUUUUGUUAUUUGCGCAUGGGGAUGUAUAGUGGGUUUGCAAUAACACUAUAUACUCUGGCCAAUAAUCUUCGCUCAGAGGCACUCAAGAGCAAAUUUCAAAGGGUGUGUCUGGGCGCUACUGCUACAGACGAAGCGCACAUGCAAUCCAGGCCUGGCAUGCAAGGACCAAGCAAGACUAAUAUUCUUGCAGCAGUACCAGAAGGUACGUGUAAUACUAAUUCCUUACUCCCCCUUAUGCUUGAGUCUAAACAGCACGCCAAGGCACCAUUAAUUUCUCCCGAAGCUGCAGAUGAUUCCAUCACACCUCGGGGUAUCCUAGGAAGAUUCUCAUCUAAAUUGACAAGCAUUUCUCACAGGAGUCGAAGCUCAACCAAGUUCAACGACAUUGUACUAGCCACACAGAGCGAAGAUAUUUUGACUAUUAUCAACGAAAUUAUGGAUGACUUUGCGGCAAUUGUUCGUAGGGUUAUUGUUGAUUCGGUAAUAGCGGUCAGUAGCCUUGUAUUUAAGCAUCAGCUUCUUCCCACCCUUCAACACAGUAACGCUCUUGAGGUCCUUAUUAUGAAUGCUGCUAUAGACGCAGACCUUGUCAAGUCUAUCACUACCAGUGAGUACAGCACCCAAGCGAAUCGUUAUUUGGCUCAUAUCGAAGGAGGAGCUGUGGAGUAUAAAGGCUUCCAAAACAAGGGCCAAAAGCCUGCUGAAGUGAGCAAUAGAUCCUUCAUGAAUCACUUUGUUACUGAGAUGGACUCCGCUGGCAUUGAGCGCUCGUUAAUGUUGGCCUUAGACACGUUUCAGAUAAACCUUCCACUCCUUCUCCGGUACGCAGACCUCGCUCUAGAGAUGCGGUUUGGCAUGUCGCAAGACCUUUUAAAUGGUAGGAUUUCCAUUGAGUACUCCCGUUACCUUCUGUUUCGUAAAAGCACUGUGCACAGCUUUCUAUGUCACACGCUCUUCAGCAGGGGACAGGAGAAGAUACCUGUUCUCCCGUGUUCUCUCUUUCUUCCUGUUCUGUACAUGGCUGAGACGCUCCGCCACAUUGAAGAGACCAAGAACUUGCAGCACCCAGCGUCUGCUGACCAGAUCAAGAGAGCAUAUAGCUUUGAGUUCAUAGAUUGUAGUAUGCAACAUGAUGAGUUUAUCUCUCGACUGCGUCUGGCACUCUCCUGCUCCGGCGCCGCAGACCAUCCGUUAUGCUUAUAUAACAUGUUCGCCCCGUCGUGCACAGAUAAUAACCGUAGCCUAGCACGAUUGUUGCGCUCGUUACUUACGUUGGUAAAUUCUCCGCUGCCACAGCCGGAUGAAUUUGGGGAUACCAAGCCAUUUCACGCGUCGCUAAGCAUCGACGACGCAGUGCAGGCGACCCUUGCAUACCACCCCAGAAUGCGCCGGAUGUACCUAUCUCUUGCAGAUCCUUAUGAAUCGCUGUAUCUCUUGGAGUUUAAUCACAGACUCCAUAUACUUCAUAGUCCCGUAGCCACCUUACAGUACUACGUUGGAUCGGAAACGUCAACUUCUGAAGGGACCCCGCAGUCCAAUUUUCCUGCAAUAGGCUUAUCUGCAAUUGAAAAGCUCCAAAGGCACAGGCAAACGGUCCUUUAUGACUAUAUUAUCGAAGAGCUUACUAUUAUUUUUACGUAUGAGGCAAUCCAUUUGAAUCUUCCAAUCAUUCGCAUAAGUCAAUUCUUGCUGAGAAAAAAUAAAAUCGUUGGCGUCCUAAGUGAGUUCAAUAGGUACCUCGAAGGUCUCUCUGCACCUCAGAAUCCUGUAACACUAACUGAUGUCGAGCUGUUCUUAGCAUACAUCAAGCACAUACACGCAGAACUUCAGAAGCUUACUGACUUUACUAUUAUACCGCUAUCUAUCAAGCAAGGAAUAAGAACACGUGCCAGGACCCUGCUCUCAGUCUACGAGCUUCUUUGGAAAUUGUCCGAGAGAUUUGAGGCGCUUUCAGUGGCCUUUACAGAUACAUUUUUCUUCUCUUUAGUAACGUCCGUGAUCGUAGACCUACAAGGAGUGGACCACUCCGCCUUACACCAUCGCCGCUUGCUUCCGAAGCACACCUCUGAACGACGCAUGACUGAGUUGCUCCCCACGAUUGUGCAUCAUCUCUUAUCAAAGAUAUCCGCUAUUGUUCCGCAGGCAUAUAUGAAGUCGCUUCUGGGAAUGAUCUCAUGCUUGGAAUCUAUUUCAGGACAGUGCAAUGUACAGAAGCAUAUGCUGCUCUUCUCAUCUAUUGUUACCGAUCAGUCACUUUCUAAGCCAGUAGGCUUUCUAGACAACGGACGGGCCAUGGACUCAUUCUUGCCAAACACCGCAGAUAGCCUUGCAAUAGAAAGGUGGAACAAGCUCUGCAGCUUGGUCUUCAUUGCCCCAGAUCUUGCGAAGGAGUGGGUGGCCUUCUUUUCUACCCAGAAAACGCAGUAUUUGACAUAUGUUCGGGGCUCGAGUUUCUUCCGGAAGGUGCUUGGUCACUACGCCUACGUAGAGAGAUCUUCCAAGCACUCUAAUAGGCUUUCUGCAGAAACUUUCCUGGCGCCGCAUGCACUUCUUAAGUCAGCCGUGCAUGAAUACAACAUCGUUGAGCUCUUUGGAGGCUUCACAUCAGAGACAGGGAUCGUUCCUGCUUGGAGCAGUACUUCUAACAAAGCUGUAUAUGGGUCUGGAACAGUGCCUGUAAAAGAGCCAAUCGCCAACACGCACCCAGGGGACUAUAACUCAUACAAAGUCACGGAUAAGAAGACUAUCAAUUCAGAUGAUGACACUAGUUCAGAAGGUUCGGUGGCUUCGCUCACUGACGAGGAUUAUGAUGCUAUGUUUGAUUAUGAUUAUGCAGACAGUGAGAAUAUGCACCCAAGCUUACAAGCCAAAACAGCAACUAAGGCAAGAAAGCACAUAAGCAUGUCAAGGAGAUCUAUGACAGCCAUGCUAAAGAGGGCAGAGACCGCCGGUUUCUCUGUAAAAACCACGCACCAAGAUAAGGGAAAGUCGGCUAAUUUUGAAAAUUCCAUGCAGCUACAUAACAAUACUGACUCAGUCUAUGAGCGAUUAAUCCCCGAUGAGCUGAUUAUGGAACUGAAAGAUGAUAUGACCCUGGGUAAUUUUCCUAUUUCAAUUCAGUCACCUUCAGCAAAUGGCGUGUGGAUAGCUUUUCUUUUAAGCAUAUGUCUCAAUCCAACUCAUUUGCAGGAGGACCUCAACCUUCUUAUGAAGGUAAGCAAGCUAACGAACUCCGCUAGCUUCAGUCUAGUUGACGUAUUCAGCUCUGACCGAGAUGACGAGCUCCUCUCUAAGUUCUUGCAGUGUCCUUUAAAGUCUCUCACUGGAUCCAUCAGCAAAUUCAUUGCUGCUUUUUAUCGCAGCCAGCUUUGGUCACAGGAUUUUCCUCCAUCUGAAAAGUUAUCCUAUGGAAUGUUUUUCAGCGAUAAUGGGCAACCACUUUCUCAUGCAUCCAAGCAGUCUUUGUUAGAAGAGAUGUGUCCUAUGUGUGCAUCCAAAACAGUCGCCAUCUUCUUCGAUUCCACGUUGGACAUUCUUACACUCAUCUCUUUUGCGUUCGAAUAUCUAGUUGAUCAGCUUCUGCUGACUGCUCCUGUCGUUUAUAAAACAAAGCCCACUCACGCCGACUUGCUCUCCUACCUUGUUGUAGUUCUAUCUGAUGGGAACAAGAGCGUAGAAUGGUUGGUCCAAUUGUUCAUUAGCAAGCCGGUAAGGCCUAAGCAUGGGUUGAUAAUCUUAAUUCCAACUUCUUAUUCUGCUCCAGCGCUUUCCAGAGUGCUUAUUGGCCAUCUUUGUGCUGCAUUUGCGCCGGAGCUGGUUGUCUUUAACGCUCCAAUAGGUAAAAUCGAAAAGAUUCAUCAUUAUUUCACCCUGUUUCGCAUACAGCAGAUACACUUUGCCACUAGACACUCCACUGAUAAGGCCUUGGCUUUAGAGGCAGGUACGCUCAAGCUGCCGAUAAUUUCUAGCCGCACUCUUCUAGGUUUGCUCAUCUUCUUUGUCACGCAGAGCCCCCCUCCAGAUUGCCCUCACAUUCGCAUAUCUGACACGUAUACAACUUUAGACUCAGCAGCAGCCCUCUUGUUUCAGGCAGUGAUAGAGUCAGAGCACAUGCAGGCUUUGGUAAAUACACUCCGGACUCGUCUUCGCGUUCACCCUGCGAUUAUAGAGAAAAUCCAGAAUCUAUACGCGGCUAUCUGGGCUACCAUCUCCGCGAUUCGUCGAUACGACCCCGAGAGGGCAUCAUAUCACCCACUAAAUCGCCGUCUGACAGAGCUCUACAACCAGUUGCUAGUAUCAUAUGCACGUGUGUUCCACAAGCUAGACCACGUGUCUGUCUAUGAGAAAAUAUACACAUCUCCGGGCUCGCUGCUGCACUCUCGCUUUCUGAAGCAUUGUAUUUUCUCAUUAUGUCACGAACUGCAAGACAAGGUUACUCUGGCCCACAACCUGAUUGUUGAAAUGCCACAAGGAGCAACAGUAAGCGAUGAGGCCAUCUCAGAACUUGCUGUGAGCAGUGACUCAGACUUAUCAGACUCAUCUAACUGCACGGCUAAUGCUUUGACAUCCUUGCACACAGAGGGGACCCAAGGAUUGUCUGAUACAGAUACCUUGAAAAGCGAUCCUCAACACUCAACUGAGCUUACUAGAAUUUAUAGCGUAGAUGACGUGGCGCGUACAUCACAGCAAUCUGAAGUUGACAUGUCAAAGGAUGUGCUACUAGGGUCACAUAGGCUCGGGUCAGGCCUGGGCCUUAGCAUAUCUCUAGAAAAGAAGUUCAUACGCAAGGAGAACUUGUGUGACACAGAAAGGAAUCGGUACAAACAAUCAGAUGAUGACCUACAAGUAGUAGGCAAUCCACGAGAAUUUCGAGUGUAUGGCCCGUCAGCUCGACUGUUAAACCUUCAUCACGCGCUAGUUUUAGAAACAAGUAGAUCCCAGCAGUCAAAAAGGGAGGAGAGCGGAGAGCAAGCUAUAACUGCGCUUAACAGUUAUCUGGAAGAAGUGCAAAAGCUAUCACAACAAGCAGUCCAGUUACCAUGCGUGUUCACAGAAGAAAGAGUAGCUGACCCCACUGCCUUUAAGGAGCUUUGCAAACAGUAUCUCUACUCCCUCACUCUGUACUCUGACGAAGGAAGGCUAAGCCCUUCGCAAAUUGUGUCACUAAUUCAGAAGGAUGAUACUCGUGAUGUGAUUCCUCUAUCAAAGCCCCAGAACCUUAUCACCAUCAAGGAGAUAAGGUCGUUUCCUGGCUUGCGGAGCAUGGCAUUCACUGAAUCAGCUGACAUCCUUGACAGAGUCUCUGUACAGGCUAUGCAUACACCUCUGUCAAUAGGUCUGCAAACGACUUCCGUACACAGCGCAGAGGGCUAUGUUAUUAACUCAUUGCUUGCUAACGCUGUCAUGCUUGCAAAACCGAUAAUAGACCUGAGCAUGGCAGUCAUGGAUCAUGCCGGAGUUCUUAUCUGCGAGGCAAAUCGAUGCUGGAGAUUUCUAGACUUCAUAUUGACCGCCAAGCGCCAUCAGCUAGCCCGAGGUAAUGUCCCGUAUGCUAAUCUCUGCUCUGUUCUACUUCCAGAGCCUCCGCAGCCCAACACACGCUACGUUGUCUAUAAAGGGAUGCUCUACACCGGUGGAGUACUUAGGCAUGUAUCGGAAGCUACAGAUGCGAUGGCUGAUGCGUCGAGACUGGGGUAUGUUCAUAUCACAAACAUAGAGCUACACAAUGUAGGGUAUGACACACAUAAUCAAUCAGUGGUGGAUUGCUCAAUGGACCCGUGGCCAAUCGUCUACAAAAUGAGUGUCUACGCAGCUACCGUGAUACGAAUCAAUUCGUGGGAUCCACAGCUUUUGCCUUUCCGACAGGCAUCUCCUAAGUACGUCGCCAUCAGGGCUAACUUUGCAGCGGACACUUACCUGUAUCUGGAGAACAAAUCGACCCUUUCGCGAGCAGAGUUGGCUCAGCGAAAUCUCCAUUUAUCCCCUGCGUCCCAAAAGUAG